AUGAACGGCUCACGUAGCAAAAAGCUGCCUCCGCGCCCGAGUCAAGACCUUGGAUAUGGAAUCAUAAACGGUAGCGGUGCACCUCCUGACGCUUACGGCUUCCGCAACGAGAGGAAUGGUGAGCUGCCUCCGAGAACCUACGGCAUGAGUAAGGUCGGGACACAUUCGCAGGAUCCGAGUGGGAGGGUCAUGUUGGAUGGGUAUAGCCAGGACAUCAUGAGUGACUUUGAGGGAGAGAAGAGGAUCAAUCCGCUGAAUCCCACACGCCCACAGAGCUCGAUGCUCUUGAAUCUUAAUGAUACCGUACAAGUCCAUCUCCUCGUCGAAACAGCAUUGGGCGACAGCAAAGAAUACGAGAUCCUCUCCCAAGACGAAGUCGACGACCUUAAAAAACAAGUCCAAACGCUCACCACCCGCAUCGAAACUACACGGCAGAAUCUAGCCGUCCAAUCCAAGUACCGCGAUGCCGCUGUCUCAAUGUCAAAGCUGUAUCCGCCUGAGAAGAAGAAGAGCUUUGAUGGCAGUGGCAAGCUUCGGAAUAUGCUGGGGCAUAGUCGGAACAGCAGCGAGCAGACUCAACAGGCGAAUGAGGAGCGCAUGGCUACGGAGAAGAAAUGCGAGGAUUUGGCUGCCGAGUUAUGGUUUUUGGAGAAGAGAUUUAUGGAGCCGCAGAGUAGACUGCUUAAGCACACAGCUGGGAUCUUGCAGAUGACACAUAAGGGCCCCAAGGCGAGGAAGCAGGGGCAACCAGGAGCGUCUCAAGCAGGUGCUCCAGGAAUCCCAGGGAGUCCGGAAAGCAUGUAUACGUACUCGAAUGCGCGGAGCAGUCUGGAAUUCGUUCCUAGUGAUGAGCUUAUCUUCGAUGAGAGGAGCCUAUACCGGACUUUUGAUCCCCUGGAUGGAACGGCCGACCUUGACGAGCUCUUUGGGCCUCCGAAGGGGGGGAAUAAUAAGCAGAUGCAGAUGAUCUCGAUGACUGAGCAAAAGUUGGAGGAUCUGAAUCGUCGGCUGAGAGAUGUUAUCACCAAUGCCAACCCGGAGCGCGAGACGAACUAUCAAUAUCCUCCACUUGCCAGUACAACUGCCGAUGGGAAAUCUGCCGAGCCUGGAGAAACACUCAUGAGUCACUUGGAAUAUUUGGAGAAUGGCAUUUCUACAAUCAGCAAGGAGCAUAGCGAAGUCUUGAGGAAGAAUGAAGAGUCUGAUGGAGCAAUUGAGGAGACGAUAGAAUCAUUGAACCAUGAGCUUCACAACUUGUUGCUUCCAUUCGACGAAAUCCGUGCUCUGCCACCUCAGGUCACCGGCAUGGGUAUGAAGGAUCAGAUGCAGUAUUUCCAAGACAGUAUUGGCGCCAUUGAGUUUGAAUUAAGCCGCAGCGGAGGUGGAGGCCGAGGCCGAGGCUCAGGUACCCAAGGCUCCGAGCAAAUGGAGUCGGUUAUGAUGGGUCUCUGGGAUAUCAUUCAGUCUGGUGAGGAAGAAGCCAGGCAGAGAAAGCAGGAACGAAGUGCACAACGAACAUUGCAGAACCUACCUCCGGAUGACGACGAGUCUCCAGAUGAAGAAGGAGAUCCAAACGAGCAAUUCUCAAUCCAAGGAUUCUCUGGAAAGGUCCAAUGGCUAUAUUCUCAAGCUACGAAGUUAAAAGAUCAGAAGAAGGUUCUACAACGGCAAAUCAAGCAGCAGCGAGAGCUGAAUAGCAAAUCUGAUGCCACCAAGGACAGGGAGCUAGUCGAGAAGGUUGACGAGCUGGAAAGAAUGCAAGACCUACUCCGGCGAACCGAAAUGGAUUCCGACUCCGUCCGCGAACAACUAAGCAUGGUAAUGGAGAAGCUGGACGAAGCCCGCCAACAAGAACGCUCGCGCGACCAAACACGCUCAAACGACGACAAUGCCGCCCUCCAUGCCCUGGAAGAAGAAAUCCAAGACCUACGCAUGCGCGACGAAACACGCUCGAAAGAGGACAGUGCCGCCCUUCAAGCCCUCGAAGAAGAAAUUCAAGACUUAAAAGAUGACCACUCUAUCACCGUCGCCGAGCUGCAGACCAAGAUUUCCGAGAACGAGAGAUCCGCACAGGACGCACGGCAAGCUCUUGAGGCCAAGGAGAAGGGACAGGAAGAGAUGAAUAUGGAACUCGCAAGGCUACAGACCGAGGUCACUAUUGCGCGCGCGGAGCUGGAUGGCGCUUAUGGGUCGAGAGCGCAGCGUGCAGCGGAGGUUGCUGCUAAUCCUGCUAUUCAGAAGGAGAUUGAUGAUCUGAGCAAGAAGAACACCUCCCUUGUUUCCGAGCUCACGGAGCUCAAAGCCAAGGGGACGGCGAAUCCGGAAAUGGAAGAGAAGAUGCGGACGCUCAAAACAGAGCUCGCGGAAACUAUUGAAGAGUACGAACAGAUGACCAAAGCCAAUAUUGAGUGGGAGAAAGAACGCGAGUCUCUCGAGCAGAUGAUUGAUAAGCUGCGGGAUGAGAGAGAGAAGUUGGAUGCUGAGCUCAGUGAUGAGAAGGUGCGCUGGUUGGGGAUGAAGAGUCCGGGUGGUCCGAAUGAGUUUGGGGCCGGCAACACCAGUACGACGGUCUUGAAGAAUGAGUUUAAGAAGAUGAUGAGGGAGACUAGGAGUGAGAAUGCGAGGGCGCUUAGGGCCGAACAAGUAGAACGCCGCAGACUGGAAGACGAACUCCGGGCUCUCAAACGCGCUCAAGGACCUGGCAAAUCAAGUUUAAGUCAGAGUCUAUCUUCAUGA